UUUCUGCUACUGCUGGACGUACAGGCGCGUAGCGUUACGUUAUAACGUGGUGACAUCAGAAUAUCUCCUGUAGUUCAUUGGUUACUCCCUGUUUUCAGUCAGUUAAAGGUAAAAGUCCCGGCUGCUUCUCAUUGGUUAGUGUAUUUUGUACGCGUAUUUCAAACCCAUUCUUAACUGGCGCUUUUUCACCAUCCUCAUUCACUGGGUCUGUGUUUGCCGCUAAAUUCUUUAUGUGGACACUAUACAACAAAAUAUCAGAUGAAAAUCAUUCGCGGCAAAAGAAAGAGAUCGUCCUCGUGUGAAAAGAAUACGGAAAUGAAGUGCCCCCUGUCUGCGGAAUCCCUCGUUUCAUAUUGCACGGAACAACGUGUCGUCAACGCGGACGAACCAGACCACAAUUCCUCUCCCCGGAAAAAAUGUGUACUGGUAUCUGUGAAGUCUUUGCCUUCUCCAGGUGUGUCGAAAGUAACUUUUCACUUUGACUCUGCUGUUAAAGGCAAAGAAAACAAAGAAUGCCUCACACCAGAACCUCUUGCAAGGACAUUACAGGAUGAGACUGUGAGAGGUAAUGUACAGUCUGAGGACAGUGGCUAUCUGUCUCUUCAGAACAGCCACCAUGAGCACAGCGAUGUGGACUUUGGAGAGCCCUUCAGCGAGGGACUGGAGGAGAGUGGCUCUUCUCACUUUAUUGAAGAAAGCACACCAGACACAAUUGGGCAGUCAGCUUCCACUCUUCCCAUACUGAGGUUUCAACAACAAGUUUGUCGCAAAUUGUCAGAAACCUUUAAAAAGACCCAGAACUAUGACUGGUCAGUCAUAAGCACACUGGCAAACAACAGCGGCCUACAGAACGUCAUUGGUGGGAAAAUGGGUCUGGAAUGCCUGGACAUUCUCAGCACUCUGAUGGAAAGAGACAUGAGGCACAUUCUCAGCAGGAUACUGAGGCAUGUUGAGGACUCAGACUUAAUUAGUUGUAAAAAAGUGAGCAACACUUGGAGAGAUAUCAUCCGUCAAGAACGCUCAGCAUUUGAGCGCUGCAGAGCAGCUGAACAGAGAAUACAGCAGGAAAACAGACCAACUGGUUCCUUUUCGCGAGACUUCGCCCCAUCAAGGGUGGUGUUGUCGUCCAUUCAACGCAUAACGUCCACCCCAGUGAGCACCCCCGAUAGGAAGGUGGUCAUGAACAAAGGCACGCCACAGGGUCAAGCUACCUGCAGGAAGACAAGCCAGUUCCACAAAUUCCAAGAGGCUGCCAGGACUCUAAAGAAUGACGAAGGGUUGAAGUCCUGUAGGCAGUGCAGCUCACCCGCGCGCUACGACGCCGCCAUGAAGCGUGCCGUGUGCACGCGUGCCAGCUGCGCGUACGACUUCUGCACCCUCUGCCUGGGCGCCUUCCAUGGCUCCUCGGCCUGCCGCACAGGUGUGCUGGGUAGCUCCUGCUCCCCCGGGUCUCGGGGCUCUGUGGCCACACACCUGCCCUGUAGCAAGCAGAGCAAGCGGAACAUUCGCCGACUCUGAACAGCCAAGGACAUGCAUACACACAACUGCACAAAAGGGAAGGCGAGGAGUCUGAGCAAGCUGCUUCAUAUUAACUCAGGUUUUAUUUUUCUUAACCACAACCCAUAAAGUCUUUUAAAGAUUGUUUUAAAAAAAAAAUCUUUAUAUUCACCAUUUUCAUGUCUGUCCUUGUUGAUAAUCUAAGGUUAGACUGAACAAUGAUGUCAAUGGUUUGAUGUCAAUGAUAUUGUAUAUAAAAGGACUAUAUUUGUAAAUACAAGAGAAUUGAUGUGAAAGUUUUAUAUUAUAAGUGUUUUUUUAUAUGUAUUGUCCGGUCAUAUGGAAAAUAUAUGG